GGGUUUAUAUCUCCUCCAGAAUCUUAGAGUCAUUCUGAUAGUUGGGAUAAUUUUCUGCGUGUUCUGUUUUUGAAGGGAGCAAACUUUUCUAUUUAUUUUUCCUCAGCAAAUAUAAAUUGCAUACUUUCGGGUUGAAUUAGGAAAUUCUUUUCAGAAAAUAGCUAUUGUUUUACAUAACCCAGAUUGAAUACAGUUAUUAGUUUAACAUAAAUCCAGGAUUUCCCAAGUUCUCAUCCACAAAGUGAGCAUAGACAUUUUGAGGGUUGUAUUUGAGACCCCAGCAACCUCAGAAUGGAUGGGGAACGACGACAUCAUGUUGUGGAUAUUGAGCAAACCUCAACAGAGCUGUUGCCCAGAAAUCCAUACUGUUUGAAUGAAGGAAGACAGUGUGGUUGUACAUUGCCCAAUGUGACCCUCCAGCCACAGUGGGUUACAGCAAAACCAUGGUCACUCUGGAAAACAUUUCUGGUGUGUCUCUUGGCCUGUCUAAUUGCCACAACCCUUGUUAUUCUGGUCUUAUAUUUUGUCCACUUUGGCAAGCACACCAACAGUACCACUAUCAUCAUUCAUGCAGAUGGAAAGUCGAAUCGUGUCACCUGCAUCCCUGAUUCUACCCCAUCUCAUACCUCAUCGACCCUGCCUGGAUCUUCUACCCCUGCGGCCACCCAAAGCUCCUCUGCCAAGGUGUCUCCAUCCUCCAUGGAGACAACUGAAAUAACAACACUGGACCAUGAAGUUAUCAUUGAAGAGAACUUUUGAGCCCUGAGCUCUCCUCAAGCCGGACCAACACCCUUACCCCAAAGGAGGCAUGUCCAGGUGUUCUCUCUUCCUGCCAAUGGGUUGCAAAGCAUUUGGCUUUAUGAGAGCUUGCUCCUCCCCCUCCACUCAUUUGCUAUAUUCCCAUAUGGUAAUGACUCAGUCUUGGGCCCUCCAGUGUUCAAAUGAUUGGAAAACAUUUUUUUUUUUUUCAACUGAGGCUGAUUGAUUCAUUCAGGCUGGGGCCCAGGGUUUUCUUUCCAUCCCUCCCAUACAACCAACUUUAUUCUCCACAAAUAGUGGUUUCAACUGCUGAAGAGGCUGCCAGGAGGAUGCUGCUCUACUUAGAUCUCUGCCUAUUGGUUCUGAAGCCAAUAUUUACUACCUAGCUAUUGAUUAUUUUCUAAUCUCAUAACUUCCCUAUUUUCAGCAUUUAUAUUCCAGUAGGGAGAAGGAAAUGUUCAACUAAAGUGGUUAAUGAGUCGGCGGCCUGGGUGGCUCAGUGGGGUAAGCGUCCAACUCUUGGUUCAAC